ACUACAAGAUGAUAGAAAAAUCUUGUAGUAUACUAACCUAAGCUUUCAGUAUUUUCUUAUGAGAAAAAACAUAUGAAUUCUCUAGUAAAAAACAUCAUUUACAAAUUUCUCAUAAUUUUCUAUUGUUACCAAUUUGCAUUAUCAUUGGUAUAUAAUGGUGUUCCAGAGACAAGAACAUCUAUUACGGUUGAUCAAUCCGGCAAAGGAAAUUUUACCAAAGUUCAAGAUGCCAUAAACUUCAUUCCAGCUAAUAAUUCUCAUUGGAUUCGGGUUCAUAUUCGAGCUGGUAUAUAUAAUGAGAAGGUGAUAAUUCCGCGAGAAAAGCCAUUCAUAGUGCUAGAGGGAGAUGGAAGAAGAAAGACAAUAAUCCAGGCAUCAGAUGGAGGCACAUUUUUUCAAAGCACCACAUUCUCAUUACUUGCUGCAAAUUUUGUGGCGCGAAACAUCACAUUUAAGAAUAUUCGGGAUCACAAAUCGGACUUUAUUUGGGCACCGGCAGCAGUAAUAACAGGAGACAAGGCUGCAUUUUAUGAAUGUGGGUUCAUAAGUCUCCAGGAUACGUUAACAGACAAUCUAGGGCGUCAUUAUUUUGAGUCUUGCUACAUUCAAGGUGCCGUAGAUUUCAUAUGGGGUGAUGGUCAGUCAAUUUAUCAGAAGUGCACCAUAAACGUAACGUACGAUUUAACAAGAACAAGUGAAGUAGGAUACAUAACAGCUCAGGCAAGACAUAGUGCUAACUCACAAAGUGGCUUCGUGUUUAUAAGAUGUAUAAUCUUAGGCACAGCACGUCAAACAUACCUUGGAAGGGCAUAUACACAAUACUCUAGAGUUCUUUUCUACAACUCUACUCUCGGCCAAGUAAUUACUCCUGAAGGAUGGUCUGCCUGGAGUUAUAUUGGACGCGAGUAAGUACAUUUGUUUUUUCCAUUUUUUCUAUUUCUCU